AUGUCAUCUGCAGAUAUAUUCCCUGUAAGUUCUUCUUCUUCUUCUUCUUCUUCAUUGUCUUCUUCUAACUUUGUUGCCAACUUUUUCACCAAACCUCUCUGGGUUCAGUUGUCACCACUCAACACAAGGUGGGUAUGUCCACGUAUUCGUUGUUGCCAUUCAAAGACUCUACCUUUGCCCACCAAUUCUUCUUCCUCCAUGCAUGGUAGGAAGAAGAAGAAGAAGAACUAUGGUGGUGUGUUGCCUUCAGUAUUGAGGUCAUUGGAGCUGGCUCAUGAUGUUGAAGAGGCUCUUGAUUCCUUAGAUGAGAAUCUGGGUCCAAAAGAAAUCACUGUUAUCCUCAAAGAACAGCGUAGCUGGGAACGUGUUGUGAGGGUUUUUGAGUGGUUCAAGUCACAGACAGGGCACGUUCCCAAUGUAAUUCAUUAUAAUGUGGUGCUUAGAGCACUGGGUAAAGCUCAACAAUGGGAUCAAUUGAGGCUUUGUUGGGUAGAUAUGGCCAAAAACGGUGUUUUGCCCACAAACAACACUUAUAGCAUGCUUGUUGAUGUCUAUGGCAAAGCAGGUCUUGUAAUAGAAGCUCUUUUGUGGAUUAAGCAUAUGAGAAUGAGGGGGUUUUUCCCUGAUGAGGUCACCAUGAGUACGGUUGUUAAGGUCUUGAAGGAUGUGGGAGAAUUUGAUAGGGCAGAUAGGUUUUACAAGAACUGGUGUGCUGGGAAAGUUGAGUUAGAUGAUCUUGAUUUGGAUUCUUUAAUGGUUACUAUGAAUAGCUCUAGAUCAAUACCUAUUAGUUUCAAGCAUUUUCUUUCCACUGAGCUCUUUAAGACAGGUGGGAGAAUUCCUGAUUCUAGUUCUAUGACUUCAUUGAAUAUAGAGAAUGUUCCCCAGAAACCUAGGAUAUCUUCCACUUACAAUACCAUGAUUGACUUGUAUGGCAAGGCCGGGCGGCUAAAUGAUGCUGCUGAUGUCUUUGCUGACAUGUUAAAAUCUGGAGUGGCAGUGGAUACAUACACUUUUAACACUAUGAUCUUUAUUUGUGGAAGUCAUGGUAAUUUGGUAGAAGCUGAAUCUUUGCUUGGUAAAAUGGAAGAAAAGGGUAUAUCCCCUGAUACAAAAACUUAUAACAUUUUCUUGUCUUUGUAUGCUAAUGCGGGGAAUAUUGAUGCUGCUCUCUCUUGUUAUAGAAGAAUUAGAGAAGUUGGGCUCUUCCCAGAUGCUGUAACUCACAGAGCUCUUCUUGGUGCUUUAUGCGCAAACAAUAUGGUUCAAGCUGUGGAAGCUUUAAUUGAUGAAAUGGAGAAAUUUUCUGUUUCUGUUGAUGAGCAUUCUGUUCCUGGUAUUGUCAAGAUGUAUAUUAAUGAAGGGGCUGUUGAUAAAGCAAAGGACUUGCUUCAGAAGUUUCAAAUGAAUGUGGGGGAACCAUCAUCAACUAUAUGUGCUGCAAUUAUGGAUGCUUAUGCUGAAAAGGGACUUUGGGCCGAAGCUGAGAACAUUUUUAAUAGGGAAAGGGAAAUGGCAGGACAUACAAGGGAUGUUGUAGAAUACAACGUCAUGAUUAAAGCAUAUGGCAAAGCAGAACUUUAUGAUGAAGCUGUUGUUCUCUUCAAAGGGAUGAAAAAUCACGGGACUUGGCCGAAUGAUUGCACUUAUAAUUCUAUUAUUCAAAUGUUAUCAGGUGCUGAUUUUGCAGACCAAGCAAAGGACCUCGUGGUUGAAAUGCAGGAUAUGGGGUUUAAGCCACAUUGUCAAACUUUUUCUGCUCUUAUUGGAUGCUAUGCUCGCCUUGGUCAGCUUUCUGAUGCAGUCAGUAUGUACCAGGAAAUGCUAAAAGCCGGAGUAAAACCAAAUGAGGUUGUUUAUGGAUCUUUAAUAAAUGGAUUUGCAGAAUUUGGUAGUCUUGAAGAGGCACUUCAAUAUUUCCAAAUGAUGGAAGAAUCUGGAAUAUCAGCAAAUUUAGUUGUGUUAACAUCCCUUCUAAAGUCUUAUUGUAAGGUUGGAAACUUGGAAGGAGCAAAAUCCAUCUAUGAGCGAAUGCAGAACAUCGAAGGGGGUCUUGAUUUAGUUGCUUGCAAUAGUAUGAUUCGCCUCUUUGCAGAUCUUGGCUUGGUAUCCGAAGCCAGGUUUUCUUUUGAAAAUUUGAGAGAAAAGGGCUUGGCAGAUGAAGUUUCAUAUGCAACAAUAAUGUAUCUUUAUAAAGAUGUGGGCAUGCUUGAUGAGGCCAUUGAGAUUGCAGAGGAGAUGAAACUGUCAGGUUUACUAAGGGAUUGUGCAUCAUUUAAUAAGGUACUAGUGUGUUAUUCCACUAAUGGACAAAUUUAUGAGUGUGGUGAACUAAUACAUCAGAUGAUAUCUCAGAAGCUCUUGCCAAAUGAGGGAACUUUUUAUGUGUUAUUUACUGUAUUAAAGAAGGGAGGGAUUCCAAUUGAAGCAGUGGAACAAUUAGAGUCAUCUUACCAGGAGGGAAAACCUUAUGCUCGACAAGCAAUCUUGACUUCUUUGUACUCUUUAGUUGGUAUGCAUGCUUUGGCACUUGAAUCUGCUCAAACAUUCAUAGAAUCUGAGAUUGAUCUUGACUCAACCGCUUUUAAUGUGGCAAUUUAUGCAUAUGCUUCAGCUGGAAAUAUUGAUAAGGCCUUGAAUAUAUAUAUGAAAAUGCGGGAUAAGCAUGUGGAACCAGACCUUGUAACUCAUAUUAAUCUGGUAGGUUGUUAUGGAAAAGCUGGCAUGGUUGAAGGUGUGAAACGGAUAUAUAGCCAAAUAGAAUAUGGAGAUAUUGAGCCAAGUGAGUCUUUGUUCAACGCUAUUAUAGAUGCCUAUAAUAUUUGCAAUAGGAAGGACCUUGCUGAGUUAGUUAGCCAAAAGAUGAAAUUCACAUUCAAGUCAGAAGAAGAUUCUGAAAUUGAAAGUGAAACUGAAUAUGAAAUGGGAAGUGAAGCUGAAUAUGACUAUGAUUCUGAUGAAGCAUAUUAA